AUGAUAUACUAUCCCUUUAUUCUGCUUAGUGCGUAUUUGUUGGGUUCAGUUCAAUGUUUAUACUUCCAUAUUGGCGAAACAGAACGCAAAUGUUUCAUCGAAGAGAUUCCUGAUGAAACCACCGUAGUCUCACAUUACAAAGUAGAACUCUUCGAUGUGAGGACUGGUGGUUUCACUCCACCUACCCCAGGCAUUGGUAUGAAUGUUGAAGUCAAAGAUCCAGAUAUGAAAAUAAUUUUAUCCCGGGUUUACAGUUUUGAAGGGAAAAUUUCAUUUACAUCUCACAUACCCGGCGAACAUAUUAUAUGUUUGUAUUCCAAUACAACUGCGUGGAUUGGAGGAACACAAUUGAGAGUUCAUUUGGAUAUUCAAGUUGGUGAUCAGGCCAUUGAUUAUGCUCAAGUAGCACAAAAAGAAAAACUUUCAGACUUACAACUCAGGAUUAGGCAACUUGUAGAACAAGUUGAACAGAUCAUCAAGGAACAAAGCUAUCAAAGAUUCCGGGAAGAGAGAUUUCGUCAAACCAGUGAGAGUACUCAUCAGCGAGUUUUCUGGUGGUCACUUUCACAGUUAUUCAUACUUUUGGUCAUGGGUUUCUGGCAAAUGCGUCAUUUAAAAAGUUUCUUUGAAGCUAAAAAACUUGUUUAA